AAGAAGAUUUGGCGGGAAAAAGAGAACCUACAAAGCUGUAGCAGAGCAAUACGCCUAGACGACAACCGUUGCAAAUUCCGAUUUCCAUUUCCAUUUUUCACGUACCCUCUAAUCUAUAAUCACUGAGUCACCGAGUCACGAUGGUGGGCCCACAGUAUGAUUUUCUGGCUAACCCACUCGGUGCGGUUAGAUCCACCUUCGACACUGCCAUAGCCUCCGGCUCCGAUCCAUCCUCUUUAAACGGCCGCGACUGGGGAGCCAUCGAUCUAUUCCGCCAUUUUCUUUUCGACCAGUCACAACUCUCUCAGGUUCCGCUUCUUACUCCCGCCACAGUCAGAUACGUGAAGCCGAAUACUCUCGUUCGGUUUCGUGGUAUGGUUCAGGACAUGCUUGGAAAUGAAUUUUAUGUUGGCGCUUAUAAGGAUGGUUCGGCGUGGAGGACUAAUAAGUUUAUGGAUGUUUGUCAAUAUCCCAUUCCCAUCGGUUCCUCUGCUGAUACUCUGAUCUGGGAACGCCGGUUGCUUUACUGUGUUCCGGUUCCGGGAUUGAAUUCUUGGGCAGAAAUUUCACCAGAAGCAGUUGGUAAUCUAUCUAUGGAUUGGACUUCUGAACAACGAGAUAAACGGAGGAGAGAGGAUGAAGAGUCUUCUAACAUGGCGGUCGAGAGUGACGAGGUCGGGUGUUCUCCUAAUACUAAAAGAAUGAGAGAAGGUGAACACCCUCCCCUUGCCUCUCAGUCCCAGGGAGCUGUACCCGAGAUUGCUGGCUCUAUUAUGAGUUUAGUGCCCGGUCUCGAUGACGACUCAUCUUGUUGUCUUGUGAAGAUAUAUGAUUUGCCAGAGUCUGAACUGAAGCUGAAUGAUGUUUUUGAGUUUGUGGGUAUCCUUACAUCCGAUUCAGAGCUUCAGGAGGACACUGAAGAUAGUGAUUUAUCAAAUGGAUUUGGUGAAGACCCCUUGCACCAUUUCCCGCCUAACAAGGUACCACGCCUUCAUUGUUUUAUUCACAGGAAGCUUUCGGUUCUGGACUUCCUUCAGAAUAAGCCUAUCAUAGAGCCAAAACCUGACUUGGUCAAAGGAAUCAGGGAGGCUCUGCUAAGACAUCUCUCUGCUGUUCUUGGCAAUGAUGAUAUAGCUGCUCAUUUCAUGUUGUUGCAUCUCCUAUCCAAGGUGCAUGCCAGAGUAGAUAAUCUUGCUGUGGGAAAGUUUUCUGUAAAUUUUACUUGUUUUAGCAAAGAAACUGCGUCUAUAUUUGGAAAGCAACUAAACCUUGCUAUCAAGAACCUUGUGCCUUUCACACAUUGCAUACCCCUUACAGUGGAAUACUUGAACACUGCUACUCUUGCGCCAAAAAAGAAUUAUGACACAAAUAGAUUAGAAACUGGAGUCUUGCAACUUGCUGAAGGUUCACAUAUGAUUGUUGACGAGACACAAUUAGAAGCUGGAACUCUCAAUUCUGUGGGUGUAGAGAAUGCAAGGUUGCUGCAAAAUUUAACGGAGUUGCAAAAGGUGGAAUAUGAUUUCAAAUACUAUAAAAUGGAAAUGGUAACUGAUGUCCAACUGCUAGUUUUGUCUGAGGGGAAAUCAAAUAUCUUGCCAGCUGAUGUAAUUGUACCUAUCCGUCCUUCUCAAACAAUUUGCUUUGAAGCUGCGGAAGCAGAAGCUUUGGAAGCUUGGAGGUGGUAUUUAGCUACUAUUAGGCAACUGCCACACUGUAUUGAAUCAGAAAUGCAGAAGAUGGUAGAAAGUGAUUUAGUCGCUGCAAGACAAGCGGAUAGGAGCUUGAAUCCCCAAGAUUUGAGCAGAUGGUUAACAAUGGGCCGCCUCAUGUCCAUAAGCUUUGGUGAGACCAGCCUGUCACUAGAACAUUGGCAAAUGGCCAAGGAAUUGGAGAGACUUCGUAGAGAGAGAUUAAAGUGAAACACCGAAUGAAGUACACAGCGUUUUAAAACCGUGUCAAACUUCUUUAUUUCUGUGUAGAUUAAGGGAAAUGAAUGCAGUUUCUUACAUAGGUUCAAGUGAUCCGGCCCUUGGAUCUGAUUACUCGAACUGUCUUAUUGUUGCCUAUUAUGCAAAACAUAUUUUGAACUUAUAAAUGUGAAUUAGAAAGAAUCAUACCUCUGCAUUUGGUAAUAGCAAUAUGGCAGUCAUUUUUAUAUAA